CUUCAAGUUUCUGGUGUCACUUAUGAAACACAGGUCCUCGUUGCUGGAGAAAAGCAGUUGUUUUGCUGGAAGAAGGCGCGCAGGCUGCCUGGGCUCCAUUCCUGCAGCCGCUCAGCAGCUGGGCCCCUCACCCUGCCGGGAAGGGCGGCGGCUGCUGGUGCAGGGACCAGGCUAGCCCUUCCUCCAGCUACUUCGUCUUCUCUGGGGAGCCCUUGGCUGUGCAGACCGUCCUGGGCUAGCCUCAGCCUUUGUUGCUUUCUGGUUCCAUCCUAGGAGAGGCUCUGCUUAACUGAGAAAGAGUACUUUGAAGGGGGUAGGAUGCAGGAGCUGUGUCUGCUGUGCUGGGCGGUCCUCCUGGGCCUGGGACAGGCCUGUCCUGAGCCCUGUGACUGUGGGGAGAAGUACGGCUUCCAGAUAGCUGACUGUGCCUACCGCGACCUAGAGGCUGUGCCUCCCGGCUUCCCAGGUAACGUGACCACACUGAGCCUGUCAGCCAACCGGCUGUCCAUUUUGCCAGAGGGUGCCUUCAGGGAGGUGCCCCUGCUGCAGUCACUGUGGCUGGCACACAACGAGAUCCGCACGGUGGCUGCUGGUGCUCUGGCCUCUCUGGGCCAUCUCAAGAGCCUGGACCUCAGCCACAACCUCAUCUCUGACUUCGCCUGGAGAGACCUGCACAACCUCAGUGCCCUCCAGUUACUCAAGAUGGACAGCAACGAGCUGACCUUCAUCCCCCGAGAUGCCUUCAGCAGCCUUCGUGCCCUGCGCUCGCUGCAGCUCAACCACAACCGCUUGCACACACUGGCCGAGGGCACCUUUGCACCACUCACUGCACUGUCCCACCUGCAGAUCAAUGACAACCCUUUCGACUGCACCUGUGGCAUCAUGUGGUUCAAGACGUGGGCCCUGACCACAGCUGUAUCCAUCCCAGAGCAGGACAACAUCACCUGUACUUCGCCCCAUGUGCUGAAGGGCACACCACUGAACCGCCUGCUGCCACUGCCUUGCUCAGCACCCCUGGUGCAACUCACCUACCAGCCCAGCCAGGACGGUGCUGAGCUGCGACCUGGCUUCGUGCUGGCGCUCCACUGUGACGUAGAGGGUCAGCCGGCCCCCCAGCUUCACUGGCACAUCCAGACUCCCGGUGGCACGGUGGAGAUCAUUAGCCCCAAUGUGGGUGCUGAUGGGCGUGCCCUGCCUGGUGCCCUGGUAGCCAGCAGCCAGCCACGCUUCCAGGCUUUUGCCAAUGGCAGCCUGCUCAUCCCUGACUUUGGCAAGCUGGAGGAAGGCACCUACAGCUGUCUGGCUACCAAUGAGCUGGGCAGUGCGGAAAGCUCGGUGAACGUGGCACUGGCUACACCGGGCGAAGGGCAUGAGGAUAUGCUGGGGCGCAGGUUCCAUAGCAAAGCAGCUGAGGGUAAGGGCUGCUACACGGUUGACAACGAGGUGCAGCCAUCAGGUCCCGAAGACAAUGUGGUCAUCAUCUACCUCAGCCGAACUGGGGGCCCAGAGGUGGCAGCAGCAGGAGAAGGGGUCUCUGGGCAGCAGACCCCAGACCUACUCCUGGUGGGCCAGAGCCUCCUCCUCCUCUUCUUCACCUCCUUCUAGCCCUGCCCCAACCCGGCGGGGCUGGAGCAGCCCCAGGGCCCCCCUGGCUCCUCCCCCUGACUCUGUGGAUGUCCCCACUGAGGUCUGGAGUUGGCAACUCCCAAGGCCUGCAUGGGGGGCAUCACAUCUUCCUACCUCCCCUUCUCACCUCUUCUGGAACACUUGCCACCUCAGCUUUUAGAUUUGAUCAAAGCUAGUGACUAAGACAGAAUCUGAUCCCGUAACUCACAUGGCCCGCGCUCCCCUAUGGGGGCAGCAUGCUAGCAGGAUACUGCCCUAACCAGCUGGGCAAAGCCUCAGUGAUGGAAUUCCAGGGGUGGGGAUGGAUGCAGGCAGGGCACAGGAGAAAGGGAUGGGAUGGAGGGGCAGUGGCUGGUGUGGCUCUGAGGUUCCCAGUGACCUGCUUGAGCUCUUGAUGUCCAUUGGCACUCUCUGAUGACCAGGGGGCUCUGGAGUCUCUGCCCGCAUCUCAGACAGGACUGGAGGAUCCAAGAUGGCCUUCCUCUCCUGACUCUUCCUCCCUCAGCCUGUGGCCCUCCCUCCUGGACAUAUCCUUCCUUUCUCUCCAGAUAUGUGUCUGUAGCCUGCCCCUCGGAAGAGGCAGCCAACCUUGGGGGCUGCAGAUAAAUAAAUAUCAUUUCUGAUGCUC